AUGAUCAGGAAUACCAUUACACCAGGGCCUUUUGUUUUUGACAGGAGAGACACUUCCCUUCCUCCUCGUCCUGGAAAUGGGGUCCACCAGCUUGAGGAGCGGUUAUCCAGGCAGGAAAGGACCACGGCUCUUCUCCUCGACCAGGCUUCCCGGAUCAAGGAUGAGCUGGUCUCCUACCUCCGAGGACCUCGAGGGGACCAGCAAGGGGAGGUGGCUGCCCGGCAGCUGCUGGAAAGUCACUUCCAGGCCAUUGUGGGUGCAGUUAAGCAGCUGCGGCAGGACGUUGAGGUUUUGGAAACGCAUAUAAGAACAAGGGAUAAUGCCACAAUCAAAACUAACUUUGUUGUUCAGAGUUUGGACCGUAAAUAUAUCCAGGGUUUUGGAGACCUGCGUGGAAGAGUGGCAAGAUGUGAAGCAAGCAUUGCAAAAUUAGCAGGAGACAUCAAUGUUAUUAGGCAUGAGGCCCGCAAGAUUGACAAAGAGAUUUAUGGUGUUCGCUCUGCCCUUGAAAAGUCUGUUAGCGAUUUUGAGAAGAAGGUAAUGCAGCUAUUAGGGAAGAUAGAGACUUCCAAUUCUGAUCAAAGCUCAAAUUUAAAGACAGUCCGGGGAGAUCAACAUCACGAAUUGCAACUUCUGGAUUUCAAGUUGACACAUAUUCUAAAUGACUUCAAAGAUCAAAUACAGAACCAGCGAAAGUGGACGGAGAUGCAGUUGACAAGGUCUGAGCAAGAUCAAGCCUACCACAGGAAUCAGCUGCUUCACUCAAUGAAGGAGAGACUGGAAACAGCAGAGAAAAGACUAGAAGACAAGCUUCUGCUUCUGUCACUAAAGCUAGAAAGAACAGAUAAACCACAGAAGUAUGAAAAGCAGUUGAACCAGAUGAAGAAUGAUGAAAAAACCCUGCAUGCAAGAAUCACUAGAUUUGAAAGACAAAUCUGGAACGAGCUGGAGGAAAUCCAGAACGAAUAUAGAUCAGGAUUUCAAUCCAUUCGUGAGUCUCUGGAGUUGCUCAGACAAAUACAGAACACAAAGCUGAAACUUGCAAAAAAGAAAAUUCAGAAAGACGCGACCGAGAUACGAUGCAACUGA